AUGGGUCGCACCAAGAACCUUAAGCGAUCGCGUCGCGAUGAGGACGAAGACGAGGAUGUAUCAAGCGAUCAGGAAGUCAAGUCAAGCAGCAAGUCCAAGUCUAAGUCCACCAAGAAGGCUAAGACCUCCGAUUCCGGUAAAGAUAAUGAAGGCAACCCUUUCUGGAGUCUGGGCGGCACCCGCAGAGCUACCAUCAGCGGUUUCAAGGGCAAGACAUACAUCAACAUCCGCGAGUACUACACAGAUGCAUCUGGUGAUCUCAAACCAGGAAAGAAGGGUAUCAUGUUAAGUCCUGAGCAAUACAACAAACUACUCGAAGCUAUUCCUUCUAUCAACGCCGAGCUACGGGACAAGGGACACACCACGCCUGAUAUUUCAGGAGCUCCCGCAGAUGCCCCUGAUUCGCCAGUGAAGGCCAAGAAUGAGAAGAAGACCAAGCCCCAGAGUAAGAAAACCAAGGCGAAUAUCGAGGCUACCAGCGACGAGGACGAGGACGAGGACGAGGACAAGGAUGAAGAUGAUGGAUGA